AUACUAGCAACAUUAGCAACUAGCCAGGAACCCAGGAACCAGUUCAAGUGACAGCUUGAAUUAUAUAACACUAACUGGCAGCAACUGGAACAUUAGAAAGGAAUUUUACAGCCGAACCGCAUAACUUCAGUGGAACUUAUAUUGAGCCGUCCCACAUUUUGGAAUGGGGACGUUGUGGCAAAGCCACGUGUACAGGAACUAGAGUCUGAAAACUUACCUGACUGGAAGCAUAGAUAAUAUAUAAGAAAGCCUUUUUGCUUUUUCCUCCCUAGGAUGGCGAAGGCAUGACCCGCCCUACUCUCCCUCUGACUGGCUAGUACUCGUCAUGCCUUCGUUGGUUAUUAUUAGGCAUCAGGAGUGGGAUUGGGUAGAAUGUCAGGGGUAAGCCAAUAAGAGGCAGACAAGUGCGGCACAUUGCCUUCGCCAUCCUGGGGAAAAACAUACUUGCUGAUUGGAAGCACUGUUUAGUGGGUCUGUUUGACUAGGAAGUCCAGCUGGCCAUCUCUCAAUAUCCAAAGAUUUUGAACUUGUCCGCAGUGUCGGUUUUAGUCAUCGUGCUUGACAGGCAACCAUGGCUGUUUGGAGAAAACUGUGGUGCAGAAACCUCCUGGCAGUGUCUCUGCUUUUCUAUAUCCUGCUCCACACCAUCCAUGUGCAUGCACGGCCAGCCAACAUGUCGGCCGCUAAAGAAAAGGCUCCAGCCAGCAAGGACGACAACGAGAUUCUUCCCCCAGACCACCUGAAUGGGGUGAAGAUGGAGAUGGAUGGCCACCUAAAUAAGGACUUCCACCAGGAGGUUUUCCUGGGUAAAGAGAUUGAGGAGUUUGAGGAGGACUCGGAACCAAGGAGGAACAGGAAGAAGCUGAUUGACAUUUUCACCAAGGUUGAUUUCAACAAGGACCAGAGUAUUAGCGCCAAGGAGAUGCAGCGCUGGAUUAUGGAGAAGACGGAGGAGCACUUCCAGGAGGCCAUGGAGGAGAACAAGAACAGUUUCCGUGCCGUUGACCCCGACGGUGAUGGUCACGUGACAUGGGAUGAGUACAGAGUCAAAUUUCUGGCAAGCAAAGGUUUCGAUGAAAAGGAAAUUGCUGAGAAAAUAAAAAAUAAUCAAGAUCUGAAACUGGAUGAGGAAACUCAAGAGGUUUUGGAAAGCCUGAAGGACCGCUGGUUCCAGGCUGACAACCCCCCAGCCAACCAGCUGCUGAAUGAGCAGGAGUUCCUGUCUUUCCUCCACCCGGAGCACAGCAGAGGCAUGCUCAAAUACAUGGUCAAGGAGAUCGUACGCGACUUGGACCAGGAUGGUGAUAAGAAACUGACCCUGUCAGAGUUCAUCUCUCUGCCCGUGGGCACCGUGGAGAACCAGCAGGCGCAGGACAUCGACGACGACUGGGUCCGGGAGAGGAAGAAGGAGUUUGAGGACGUCAUUGAUUCCGACCGCAACGGCAUCGUAACCAUGGAGGAACUGGAGGAGUACAUGGACCCGAUGAACGAGCACAACGCCUUGAACGAGGCCAAGCAGAUGAUUGCCGUCGCAGAUGAAAACCAGAAUCACAAUUUGGAGCUGGACGAGAUUCUCAAGUACAGCGAAUACUUCACGGGCAGCAAACUGAUGGAUUACGCCCGAAAUGUCCACGAGGAGUUCUGAAGACCCUCGUCUCCUCUCUCAGUCCGCUCAGCAAGGCAGGGAGACAUCCUACAUCUGCUUCAGGGACCAGCCAGACAAGGACGGGCAAACUAACGAUAGGAUGUUCUAGGGUGCAAUUCAACGGCCUCUUUCACUGCUGACUCCAAUGAAUACAUCCUCCCUUCAGCCCUGGACUGUCUGCCAGCCAUCACACUUUACAUGGUAUGUCUUCUGUGUGCCAUUGGACUUUUAAAUGUUAGGCUGUUGCGUGCGUGCGUGCGUGCGUGCGUGCGUGCGUGCGUGCGUGCGUGCGUGCGUGCGUGCGUGCGUGCGUGCGUGUGUGUGUUCGUGUUCGUGUUCCUGACAGAGACGAGAGACUUUGCGUCUAGGCGAUCUGGCGUCGUCUGCAUACAGUGUAAAUAUUAAUUGUUACGUACAAAUGCCUGUGUCAUAGAGAAAAGCGUAAAAAAUCAAAUAUAAUUCUGCUACAAGGGGAAAAACCCUUAUAGAGGUAUAUUAUAAAGAGCUAGGCCUAAUUACUGGAAUUUUCCCAAAUUCAAAAGGGGAUUGUAUAACAAUGUACAAUUCCACUAGUUUGCAUUAUAGAUGUCAGUUAUCCGUCCUACCACUUUUAGAAACUGCUUCAAUAACUUACAGUGAUCCUUCUUAGCACAGACUUUCAUUAACAAUUUAUUGUCAGAGUAAUAUAUAUAAGAACAAUGUGCCUUUUUUCCCAGCAGACAUUUUGACUUGUUGAAAGUAAAGCACAGGUGUCACUGAUAACAUUUAACGAUAUAUUAUUAACAAUUAGUUUCACCGGUGCGUGUGUGUGCGCGUUUCAGGUCAAAAUGUCUCCUGUAUGUAAAGGUCUAUUGUUUUGUUCUUGAUCUAAUUCAUGCAAUUCAUUCAUUAAGAUGUGGAUAAAGAAGAAUUUAUUUAUUUGACCAGUAUAAUUUAGACCAGCUGCAUCUUAGAACAUCUCGCAGCUUUGUUCUUGUUUUUGCCUUACUUGUGUACGAGGCUGGUCUUUGUGUCCUUGUGUUGGUUCACAAAAAGGUGGAUAGCGCACUCUUCAUCUUGUAUUCAAAUGCAUGGGCAACCAUUUUGUUGAAGGUUUGGAUCCUGCUACAGGAUUCUCUGUCCUCGGUCCUGUUUGGAUUGUAAGAUAUGAUUGAUGGUAACAGAAUGUGACACAGCUUUAAAAAAGAAAAAUGUAUUGCAAAUUCUGGUAAAUAAUAAAGAUUUCUUAUCAAUUAA